CUCAAACAUUAAAUUUGUAUUCCCACUGUAUUCCGGUCCCAUGAGCUGCAUUUUCAAACCCAAUGAAUGCACCGUUUCCACCAAGGUUGAUCCAAUCCUUCUUCCUGCUUAUAUUCACCGGUCGCUGUUUCCCGCUCGAUGGCGUCGGACUCCGACUGAAAAUCGAUUUCUUUCAAGGUGACUACCUUGGACUUGAGCCUCACUGUCGCUUUGAACGCGGAAAUUGAUGGGUACCCUUCGGAUAUUUACAGCCUCCGUCCUCCCUCUUUUAGCAUGCAAGCAACGAAUGACUCACGAACAUGACUGGAUGACAACCGACUCUGUCAUCGCAUGCCCGGAUCCGCAUUGUCUAUCUCAACUGAAGAUAAUCCGGACAGGGAUUACGACGUUCAAGCAUUCCGAGACAACGGUGGUUCCGUUGGGUAGUACUUAGGGUUCAUGUGGUCGUGGUCGUUUUUGAGUUGGCUCCGCGGCUUCGGAGAACCAGGGUCAGAACCAGUACACUAUUCUAUAAUACUUUUUCUGGUAACAGAAACAAAACUCUUUCAUAUUCAUUCUAGGUCGCAUAUUGUUGCAGGAUGAGAGUCAUUACGCGCCGCUCGGUCGCAAUUUGACCCAUUUGGAUUGGAUAGGGUGAACCGGGGACCAAACGGGUCUCCUUUGGCUUGCAAGGGUGGCCCAGCAGUGUAUACAAAUUCAUUAGAGGGUUGAAGUUGUACCAGGAAGGGAUACACACCUCAGUGGGUCGACCAAUUUUAACGCCAAGUUCUGUCAAAAGCUUGUUUUAAGCCGCAAUUUCCUCUGAUAGUCGAGCGGUUGGAGUCUGAAUAUAAUUCGAAAAACC